AUGUCAGCCCCAACUGAACUGUCAUGUGCUGUGUCUGGAAUUUUGAGUGUAGUAGUGUUUGCUGCCAUGCAAGUGUUGCAGGACAUGUUCAAGUCUUCCGAGCUCGGAACUAUCGGCGGUGGACUAGUCGGUUCAAUCCUCUUCCUUUUCAUCCUUACCUUCAUUAACAAUCUAGAGAAUAUUCUGCUCGACAAGGGAUUCGCAUCGUCACUUUUCGAAGUGGCAGUGGCUGUUGGCUUAGCUGUUUUCUCGUGCUCUCUUAUCCACCGAGUUUGUGCAACUACUUGUAUGAUAUUCAGCAUGAUAGUUUUGUUCUACUUGAAUAAAUUGUCCCAUGGAAAAUAUGGAGCAUCGCAGGCACAGGCUUACAUUGCUUCGCAGACCAGAGCGAACAAGAAGAAGAACUAG